GUCAGUUGUCGGUGACGGUGCGGGUGAUUUUCCUGGUGCGCUGUUGCAACAACGAGAGUGGAGUUGUCUUGAGCAUGACGGGGAGGUUGUAGCCUAUGGCUUGUGUAGCUUUAUUAGUUAGCGUUAGCCACAUGUAGCCUAUGCUAAUGUAUAGCUGUCCACUAGCUUUUGAAGCAGGACGCUCGCUAGCAUUCCAAGGGGAUAUAGGCUAAAUUACAGCACAUGCUACUUUUUAUUAGCUAUUAUUAGCAGUUAUUUUGGUAGCAUAUUUUCAAAAAACUGGACCGUCUUCACUGGUGUGGAUAUUGGGCGCAUCCACAAGUCAUUAGACUACCGCUGGAUACAAGUUGGUAGGCUGUUUUAAAAAGCUGCACAGCCAGUACUGUGUUGUCUUUGGGCCUGGUAGAAUGGAGAAGAUCCAAAUGGAUAAAAAAGCAGGAAAGGUUCGGAAUCAGGACAUCAACCCAUGCAUCGAGGAAAGUGAUGCCUCCCAGAAGUGUUUGAAUGCCUACAACUACGAUAAGAGCAUGUGUUCGGCCUACUUCCAAAGAUAUAAGAGCUGUAGGAAAUACUGGCACAACAUCAUGCUGCAGAGGAGAAGAGACGGCGUGAGGCCCGACAUGCCCACCGCUGCAGAGAGGCAGGAGAUGCUUGCCACUGUCGGGGGCAAACCAUACUGAGAGUCAGCAGGGUGACGCAGAGCCACUGGGAGGACAUUCUUCUGCUGAUGCCAAGGACUGACCUGUCCUCGGGCUCAGGCCGUGUGGGAGUGACCAUCUGGAACGGGUCACUUCUAAAAUGAAAGGGAUAGAGAGGGAAGUCACAGAGAGACGAGAUAUAAGAUGUAUUAUUUAUUGAGGUUAAUAACAAUGUGACAUGAAGUGACACAACAUGAAAAUGACACGUCUGAAAUAGGCGGCCAGCGGCAGGCUUUUAUACCAACAGUCUGCAUCCGGUCAGUCAGACUACUGCUGCCCCAAAUCUGUUAAAGAGAAGCUUCACCACCAGCGCAUGACACCAGGAUCUUUAUUGUAGCAGCACCACAGCUGAACAAAAAUAUAGAAACACAUAAGGCCUAAUAUCUAUAAAGACUUAUUAAGGACCUGCAGACGCCCUGCUAUUUCACUUCUUAUGUACUUCAUGUUGUAAAUAGUUGUAAAGACCGUUGUAAUUGAAAUAAACAGUGUAUUUAACAAU